UUAUCAUUUUGGUGUUACAUUACAUCUGGACUUUGUGUGGGUCGUGUCAACUGUAGGAAGUGGUCGGCGUCAUACUCCCCUCUCUCUCUCUCUCUCUCUCUCUCUCUCUCUCUCUCUCAGAUUACGAUCACAAAAUUCAACCAUGAUAGGCAAAGAAAUCCUGCACAAGAUGAAGGAAAAGGUUGGGCUAUCGUCAUGUUCAGCUGAAACUGGAAAAGGAAAGAGCAAGAUGUCUAAACACGUUACACAUGGGUAUCAUUUAGUUAAAGGAAAAUCAUAUCAUGACAUGGAAGAUUAUGUAUUCGCACAGUUCAAAAAGGUUGAUGAUAAUGAACUCGGACUGUUUGCCAUAUUCGAUGGUCACUUAAGCCAUGAAGUUCCUGAUUAUCUCCGCUCACAUUUGUUUGAAAACAUUUUGAAUGAGCCUGAUUUCUGGACAGAGACCGAGUGUGCAAUUAGAAGGGCGUACCGUAUAACUGAUGAAACUAUACUUGAAAAAGCAGUUGAUUUGGGUAAAGGAGGUUCAACAGCAGUUACUGCAAUCCUGAUAAACUGUAAAAAGCUUGUAGUAGCUAAUGUAGGUGACUCACGUGCUGUGAUAUGCAAGAAAGGUGUGGCCAAACAGUUAUCAAUUGACCAUGAGCCUAGCAAGGAACGCGAGGUUAUUGAGGAUAGAGGAGGCUUUGUGUCCACCUUUCCAGGUGAUGUGCCACGUGUCGAUGGGCGGUUGGCUGUGGCCAGAGCAUUUGGUGACAAGAGCUUGAAAGAACACUUGAGUUCUGAACCGGAUGUAUUCAUGGAAAUGAUAGAUGAUGAUACGGAAUUCAUAAUCUUGGCAAGCGAUGGUGUGUGGAAGGUUAUGACGAAUCAGGAGGCUGUGGAUUGCAUCAUGAAUGUGAAGGAUGCAAGGGCAGCUGCAAAGCAAUUGACCGAAGAGGCACUUACAAGGAAGAGCACCGAUGAUAUUUCGUGCAUUGUUGUAAGGUUCUGAUGAUAUAUCCUUAUGCAGAUGCAGCCAUUGAGAAGAAUAAUAUAUAUAAAUUAAGCUGUUUCAUGUUUGUUUUUGAGUCUUUCUAUGUUCCUCAACAUUUCGUUUUCAGUUUGUGUAUCAUAUUUAUCUUUUAAUUGUCUUGCAUUUCAGAGUCUUCUAUAAUAUUGUAUACAUGCCAAGUUGUGUAUGUUAUUUCCCUGGAUUUUAUAGCA